UCGUUGGAUCAUUUUGGGGAUCAAUAUUUGUGUAUGUUGUGGUCUACGUACCAGUUGCGUUGAUGUUUCUGACGUUUAGAGUCUUAGAUGACAGCGACAAACUACAUCUACUGUGGCCUCGCUUUCAAUGGUUAAUCUACCCGGCAUGUACGAUUCUGAUCUUCAAAGUACAGAGUAUUCUGGUUGCCAAGUUCUUUAUGCAGCCAAAACACGAAGAAAGCGAUAAGUACAAGCCACUGGCCGUUAAUAACAGAACUGUGUACGAUGUGUUCAGUUUCUUCAUGUUGUUUCUCAAUGCAAGUAUCGGUCUUGUUCAGUACGUGAAGCGAAUCUUGUUCAGUGCUGUUCUCGGCGUUUUCCUGAUCCCUCGAAUGGAUCGAAGCCUUUACAUGCGAGGAUAUGAGCCCAUGGAUAAAUGUUACACAAACUACAUCGGUAUGAUCCUAGUCGAUGUCGCCCACAAUCACCCAGUGAUGCGGGUAUUUUGUCAUGUAAUCAAUGACGCCAUGGAAACGACACGCAACAGGGCCACGCCCACCACAGAAAAUCCCCUGUAUGCGGAAGUCCGGCCAGAACACAAAGACAAAAAACUGAGCAUUGCUAAGAGAAGAUGGUUUCUAGCUUUUACCCUCGUCAGAAAUCCAGACUUAAAGCAGUUGCGCGUUCAUGGCAAACCUAAAAUCAAGGACGAUAACUCGGUGUAUGUCGAUGUGAGCGAUAUCGUUGUUGUGGAUGCAGAAAAAAGUUCUGGAAUCAGUGACAAUAUGGUCAUGGACACUUGGGGUUGUGUUUGUCGUUGUUGUAAGGAUUAUAAAUUUACGAUCCCACCAAAUAUUACCACUAACAUUAUGGCAGGAAUUGUGUUCUUUGCUUUAGUGAUAAUCUAUUUUGCAUUCCCGUUGGUGUUCGAUAUCAUUAUAUCUUUAAUCCAGCUAGUGUAAGAGUAUUUAUGAUGAACUCGGGACAUUAUUGUUGGGAAUCAUAAUGUUGACCUGUAUAGAUGUGUGUUAAAUUACUUGCGGGGGGGGGUGUAUUCGAAGAUUUUAAAUGUGUUUCCAUGCCUUUAAUCUAUCAGAAAGGCUGAACUAAAUCCAAUUUAGUUAAUUAUUAUAAUAUGCAACUACAUCUGAACAAGCUAUGCACUUAUGUUUUAUGUGUUCUAUGCCAAUGUAGGUAUGAAAUUAUAUUUUAAUUUCAUAUAUUUGUUUAAAGAAAAUAUGUAUAGUUAUUGUGAUAGUCUUGGUGUCGUGCCAUAACUUGUCAUGACACUUUUGUGUGUAUGGUACCUGUUUUACUAACAUCUUUAGCAUUAAGGCCAUUAACAUUGGCUUCAGUAAAUGAGGUUUUAAUCUCUUUUCAGUUUGACUGAAGACAAAUAUGAUAUAAUACUAGGUUUCCAUCCAUUACUGUGAACUACUAUAAACACUAUAAUUAAUCUGCUUUCUACAAUAUCCAAUAAUUUUUGGACGUUACGUGUUUUUUAAUCCCAAAUUACCUUUAUAAUUAAUCUUUAAACCCAAUGUUUUUUGUACUGAUAACUAUGUUAUUGUUUGUCUUGUUGUUGUAUUUGUUGGCAUUUCAGUUUUACAAAUUACUUGUAUCAUAUAUGUACACAUGUUUAUUUUUGCUGUUUCAAUUGUACUAAUUUACUUCAUUCCAUGUCACUGAACUCAAUCAUUGUAUGCUUUAUGUGUAUGUCAUUGAGUAUUUGUAUACACAGUUUAUAAACUCAUAAUCCAUUUACAUUUUCUGUUUACGUUUUUUAAUUGUUGGCUCCUCGUUUCAGAUAUAAACCUUAAACAUAU